AUGAUCGCGGCUCCCCCCUCCGGAGCCGGAAGUUCGGCAUCGCCGCGCGACUACGACUUCCUCUUCAAGUUGCUGAUCAUCGGAGACAGUGGUAAGACUUUCGUUUUGCCUAGAAUUCUAUAAUUUAUUCGUUUUGAACGGUUUUGGCCAAUUGCCAUCUAUUUUUUGAUAAGAAAUAAUUUAUUCUUGGUGUUUUCGGGGGUUGUUUGCGAUGAAUAAUGUGUUUUCAGGUGUGGGAAAGUCCAGCCUGUUGAUGCGAUUUGCCGACAAUGUUUUCUCAAGUAAGUUUUUAUCGGUUUUGAUUGUAUUUUUUUAUUCUUAGACAGUUACAUCACAACAAUUGGUGUGGAUUUCAAAAUUCGAACGAUAACUGUGCUGGAUAAGAAAGUGAAGCUCCAGAUUUGGGACACCGCGGGCCAAGAGAGAUUUCGAACUAUCACGUCGACGUAGGCUACCCAUUCUCAAGAUCUGAGCUCAGAUUUUAUAUUAUUCUAGGUACUACCGAGGAACCCACGGAGUUAUCGUUGUGUACGAUGUAACUAAUGGAGAGAGCUUUAUAAAUGUCAAACGAUGGCUGAAUGAGAUCGAGAAGAAUUGCAGCAAUGUGCCACGAAUACUAGGCAAGUGUUUUUUCGAGAGUAUUUUAUUCUUUCCAUUUUUAGUCGGGAACAAGAUUGAUGAGCCUGCCAGACGGGUGGUUCUGGAAGAAGAUGGGCGAAACUUCGCCGAGACUAUGAAGAUUCCAUUCUACGAGACUUCAGCAAGGAAUGGUGUCAAUGUUGAUCAGGUUGGUGGAGUUUUGAAGGUUGUUUGUAAUGGAUAAUAGCCGUAAUUUUUGAGCUAAAAAAUUUUAUAUUUUGGAUUCAAAUGUCGCUUUGUUGAUGAUAUUUUAGCCAACAUGAUGGAUUCUGGUAUCUUUAGAUAGCACUAUUUAUCAGAUUUGGUGUGGAUUUUGUAAAAUUUUAGUCAAUUUGAUGUUAUCCAUGACAAAUAACCUGAAUUUUUGUCCCAAAAAUCAUCUCUAAAUCCUUUCAGAUCUUUACCGACCUCACCGAAAUCGCUUUAAAACUCAAAUUGUCCACGGCAGCACAAGAGCAAGCGGAGGGUAUCCGACUGGGCCGACCUCAACCAAAGUCCACCAAAAAGAAGUGCAAGUGCGGAUAA